AUGGCUGAAGAUGAUACACCCGUCGUUGAAGUCCAGUACAACGGGAUGUUCAUCAACAAACCAUUUAUCUAUUUUGAUCCAGAUAAAAAGGAGAUAAUAUACGUCGAUUUCAGGGAGAAGGGGUAUGUUGAAUUCAUUGCUCACCUCAACGUGAUUACUAGAAGAAUGUGCAAAGAUGUAUACUAUUGUCCAGAUGGCCAAACAUUGUGUCAAGGAUUGGCUACAUUGCAGAACGAAUGUGAUUACCAUGAAUUUCUUGAGUGUCUUCAUGAGAAAAAGAAAGUAACUGUGUAUGUGGACCAUUUUCAUGAACCCCUGUUUGACUGGAUUGAAAUGGAAGAGCCUGAAGUUGAAGAUGAUACCAACUCCAACGCAGAUGAAGAUGUUGAUUCAAUGUUACUAGAUAAAGAGUACUGGGAACACGAGGUGGAUGAUGAGGAUUUUUCGAUGAAAAGGGCAACAUCAACUAUUCAUAAGAAAGACAGGUUUUUGAACAAACUUUGCCUAAAUGUUGAAGAGGAAGAAGAGUCUAAAGUUGAGCAACUACCACCUGUAUACCCUGUGCACAAUUCUGAGCAACAAUGGGAUGAAAUGGCUCUUGUGUUAGGUGAUCCUGGAUCUUCCACUCCAGCUCCAAUUCCAACUCCAGGAUCCACUUCUGCAACUCCAAGAUCCACUCCUGCAACUCCAAGACCAAGAUCUACUUCUGCAACUCCAAGACCAAGAUCCACUCCUUCAACUCCAAGACCAAGAUCCAUUCCUGCAACUCCAAGACCAAGAUCCACUUCUGCAAGACCAGUUCAAAGUGCAGUUCAAUUGAGAAAGAGGAAAGCUUCAGAAAGAAUCACCAAACUGUGUGUGAGGAAAAAAGUGGUGGCCAAGGAUGGUAGUGGUUGUAGUUCAGAGAAACCUGUAGAUUUGUCUUGA